GUGCAAAGGCAAUCAUGUUUCAUUUGGCAUCUGAUUCAUUCACGACGUGGCACAGCCCUGGAAACAAUCACCAUCGUUCAAAUCCAUCACAUCUCUGAACAUGUCGGCAACCAUUCAUUGCAAGACUCUAGACUUGGAUGAAAUAAUACCCAGGCCGAAUUGUAUUGAACGCGAAGACGAGGAUGUGAAGAGGCUAGUUCCUUUGGUAUUCCACGAUGCUUGUUUUGCGACAGACCGCACAGAUAGCUGGCCAGAUGACCAGGCAGAAUUCCGCAAUUUCUUUGCUGUCUUCUUUUCAUUCUACGAUGAACUGAGAGAGCCCAGCGAGACCAGCCCUAGUAUUGUGUUCAAAGAGCGUGAAAUGAUCACUUUGCCCAGGAAGAAUUGGACAGCACCCAGUCGAGGUCAUCGCUCAGCGGGGUUUAGAGGCGUGCAGGUCUCGUUGAUGACAACAUUGAUGCAGACGAUCUGCUACAACCUUGACGGUAUUCAAGAGCAAUUACCGGGUGUCUGGUUCACGUACUCACCAGUGAAAAUGAGAUAUUUCAUUGGGGGCAAAAGGUAUGCAUCUACUUCAGAUGGUGGUGCUGUUGUCGGCCCCUUUGCCAAUCCUCGACCGAUUAUCCCUCAUGUUAGUUGGUACAGAGGGCAGUCCUGGAGCGAAUUCCUCGCGGAUGUGAUGGAUAUAAUGCUGGGGAAGCUUGCUAGCAAUCUCACCUUCAACUCCGAGGGACAGGAAGCUUUUAUUGUUGGCAUUCGGGGGCCAUGCAUCUAUGUUAUCCGUGGACGUUUUACAGCCAGUUUGGUGUCAAGGGUCCACUCAAAGGGUUGCGCCGAGAACGAGUCAUUUGAGCUGCAGUUUACACGAGGGUUCAACUUGAGAUUGAAGGAAGAUUGGCUUCAAGCGACGCGUGCAUUGGCGAGGUUGCUUCGAUACAUCCCGGGUGGCAAGGCGGUUGAACAUGCUUCUUAA